CAAGCGGUGGCCGGGUGUCGCCUGGCCCAGGUUGUCACCCAGUACUGCGUGGGGGCCAACUACGGGUGGCUCCUGGCCGAGGGUCUCUUCCUCCACAAGCUCCUGGUCUUGGCCACCUUCUCGGGUGAACGUUGUCUCCCCGCCUUCCUCCUCCUGGGUUGGGGAGCUCCCGUGCUCUUCGUGGGACCAUGGGUGGUGGUGAGGUACCUCUACGAGAACGAAGGGUGUUGGGAGAGGAACGAGAAGGUGGCCGUGUGGUGGAUCAUCCGUUGUCCCAUCCUGGUGGCAGUGGCGGUGAAUUUCCUGGUGUUCAUCAGAAUCGUUCGUAUCUUGGUGGCCAAAGUCCGGGCGCAUCAGGUGGCUCGUGGGGACACCAGG